UUUACAUUAAUGCAUUUGACAGACACUUUUAUCCAAAAGGAAUUACAUUGCAUUCAAGAUAUUUUAUCAGUUCUUGCUUUCCCUGGAUUUUGAGCAGAUCUGGUUGUGUUUGAAUAUACCGGAGACUGACGUCAAUCUGGAAUGAAGACCACCAUCAUCAUCAUCAUCAUCACCACUCUCUGUCUGAUCUCAGGUCAGGUACUUUGUUUCAGUGUGUUUGGCUGCACUGGAGGGAGUGUAAUGUUCAAGUGCAUGUACAAGUCUAAUGAUCAGCAUAAAGAAAAGUAUUUCUGCAGAAACACAGACUGUACAACAGGAAUCAGUACUGAGACUCAGCGCCAAUGGGUUAAUAAUUGGAGAUUCAAUCUGUAUGAUGAUGAAAACAGCAGAUUCUUCACAGUGUUUAUCAAGAACCUCAGCAGAGAGGAUGAUGGGGAAUAUACAUGUGGAAACAAGCAGAAAUGGAGUCAUGAUGUUACAUUAGUGGUGAACAACAAGUCAUCUUCUUGUGGGACGUCUGUUAUCCAAUCAGCAUAUACUGGGAAACCGAUCACUUUUAGUUGUAAAUAUGAGCAUGGGUUUAAAAAAUACACCAAAGUCUUCUACAGAGUGAACGGAGAGCCUGUCCAUGUGCUGAACAGCUCACAAUCAUCACAAUCAUCUGAGGAGAAGUUCAUCCUGUCUGACAGUCAGAAAGAUCAUUUUAAUGUGACCAUCAGAGACAUUUCUACAGCAGACAGUGGAGUUUAUUUAUGUGGAGUGGAGAGACACGAAUCAGAUGAUCAACCUUCAGAAACAUCAAUUACUCACAUCACCUUCAUUAAAGAGAUUGAUCUGAAUGUUCAUAGUCAAAUAACAUCUGUCCAGGUUGAGGCCUACAUCAGUAAAUCAGUCUUCAUUAAGUGUAAAUUUCCACAAAAAUUCAAAGGAAACAAGAAAUUCAUCCAGAAAGAUCCAACACAGAAGAUCCCUGUUGAUGAACAGAAUCAAUGGGUCCGUCAUGAUAAAGUGCACAUAUGA